AAGCUAACCAGACGUGCUGCUGAAGCCGAUGCCCUUGGCUUCUUUAAAGAAACAGCUGGAUGAGGUCAAGUCGCUGACUACCGAGCGGGCUAUAGACGGAUCGGAAGUCUCCUCAUUUGCAACCGCGUUUUGUUUCUUGUUGCUGUUCAAUCGCUCCCCCUGGCGUACUUCAGCAAAACUGCCUUCCCUCCCGUCUCUGGUCGCUCCGUGGCCCCGCCCAUGAGUGCCUCUUGAAAGCCUGAGCUCUCCGGUCCUGGAUGUGUUGUUUCAUUGAAGGAGCGGGCAGAGUCGCUGGGAGCGGCGAGCGAGCGAGCACCAGCGCCAGACAGACGGCUUCAGCUGCUACCCGGGAGAGGCGAUGAUGGCGGCGGCUGUGGAGAGAGGAGGGGUUCGGGCCGCCUUCCUGAACCCAGGCAGUGGCGGCGGCGGCGGGCCAGCGGUGGCGGCCACCCCGGCCGGACCCGGGGCGGCUGCGGCAGCGGCAGCGGCAGCCGGGGGCUCGGGCUCGGGGAGCUCCGGCCCGAUGCCCGUUCCCAUGAACCUCUUUGCAACCUGGGAGAUAGACCGCUCUUCCCCGAGCUGCGUUCCGAGGUUAUGCAGUCUCACCCUGAAGAAGCUGAUCGUCCUUAAAGAACUGGAUAAAGACCUCAGCUCGGUGGUAAUCGCUGUUAAAAUACAGGGCUCAAAACGCAUCCUCAGAUCAAACGAAUAUGCCCUUCCACCCAGUGGGCUGAUGGAGACAGAUCUGGAGCUCACCUUUUCGUUACAGUAUCCACACUUUCUCAAGAGGGAUGCAAACCGGCUGCAGAUAAUGCUGCAGAGGAGGAAGAGGUAUAAAAACCGAACAAUCCUGGGCUACAAGACGCUGGCUGUGGGAGUCAUUAACAUGGCAGAGGUAAUGCAACAUCCCACCGACGGAGGCCAGAUUCUCGGCCUCCACAGCAACGUGAAGGACGCGGCGGUGCGAGCCGCGGAGAUCAGCGUGUACUCCCUCUCCAGCCAGCCCAUCGACCACGAGGACGGCAGCGUUCAGGCGGGGCCCAAGACAAAAGCCUCAGACCGGUCUCCAGACAUCGAUAACUACUCAGAGGAGGAAGAUGACAGCUUUUCCUCGGAGCAGGAGGCCAGUGAUGACGCAGUGCACGGCCAGGACCUGUAUGAUGAAGACGACGAAGUCAGAAAGCCCAAGAAGUCUAGGAGGAAAAUGACCAGAACUACUUCCAUGACAAGGCAACCCAAUUUUAAACAGAAGUUUGUGGCUUUGUUGAAGAGGUUUAAAGUGACCGAUGAGGUCCUGGAUUCUGAUCCGGUGGACCAGACACAGGAGGUGGAGGAGGAUUUGGACUUGCUGUACGACAGCCUGGAAGUGUACAACCCUAGCGACAGCGGGCCAGAAAUGGAGGACAACGAGAGCGUUCUCAGUACUCCCAAACCGAAACUCAAGCCAUUUUUCGAAGGGAUGUCACACUCCAGUUCCCAGACAGAGAUUGGGAGUCUCCACAGCCAGAAAAGCCAGCCGAGAGACCACACCAGUCCUGGUGGGGAAUUCCUUCCCUCAGAAAAGAGCAAAGUGCCUGGCUCCAGGUACCAGGAUGAUGUCAUAGUGGAGGCCACACCUGGGGGAGCUGAGGAGGAGGAUCUGACAGUCGGAGAUGCCGGAAAUUCAUGGGACACCAACACGGAUAAACUGGCCUGUUCCAUCGGGAAGCUCACCAAAACGGAGUCGCAGAAUCACAUGUCACCCAGCAAAGUGGAGAGCAAGCCCCACAGACGUCCCCGGAGCACUUCGAUGAAAGACCGGCAGAACUCCAAGGCGCAGAGUGACCGGACGAGCAGCAUGGACAGCGAGAGCUCUCCGGACUCGCGGCUCACUGCACAGGUCCCGCGGAAGUCGGUCUACGACCAGCUGAACCAGAUCCUGAUCUCGGACGAGCAGCUGCCGGAGAGCAUCAUCCUCAUCAACACCACAGACUGGCAGGGCCAGUAUCUGUCCGAGAUUCUUCACGAGCAGAAUCAGCCCAUUGUGUCCACGUGCUCUGCUGCCGACGUGCAGGCUGCAUUUAACACGAUAGUCACCAGGAUCCAGCGAUUCUGCAACUGUAACUCCCAGAUGCCCCCGACAAUCAAGGUGGCCGUGGCUGGAGACCAGAGCUACCUCAGCACCAUCUUGAGGUUCUUCGUGGAACAGCUGGCCAACAAGACUCCCGACUGGCUGAACUACAUCCGGUUUCUCGUGAUCCCCAUCGGUGAGGCUGGCUCGCACCCUUUAGCGAAAUACGUGGCGUCGCUCGACAGCAAAUUCAACAGCAUCUUCAUGGACACGGCGUGGCGGGAGGUCUUCUUCGGCAGGACGGAGCCCCCAGCCUCAGGUGAGGAGAAAGACACGGAGAAAGAAAGUAUCGAUGUGGCAGGACGCAUCAGCCAGUACUUAGCUGGGGCUAACGUGUCCCAUCAGUUCCCCAUCUCGGAAGCCAUGCUCACCUACAAGCAGAAGAGGAAAAGAAGUUUGUAUUUUGAUUUUUAUAUCAGCCCUGAUGAGGAUUCUUGUCAGAAAUUCAUCCCUUUUAUUGGGGUUGUCAAAGUGGGUAUUGUGGAGCACAAUCUUUCUGCAUCAGUGGACUCAGACGAUGCCACGGCGGUCAGCGGGAGCACGCUGGCAUCGCCGCCCGCCCCCACGAGCAGCUCGUACGGGAAGGAGAUCGCCGGCACCCCUCCGCCCUCCCCGUCUGUCUCCAGCGCCCUCUCCGGAGCUGGCUCUCCGGCCUCAGGGGGCGAGGUGAUGGGCCUGCAGGUGGACUACUGGACGUGGCAGGGUCCCGAGAAGAAGAAGGAUGGGGAGAAGAGGGACGUGGGCAUCAAGAACACCCUGAAGAGCAACUUCCGCUCCCUGCAGGUCAGCCGCCUCCCCGGCGGCGGAGAGCUCACCCCCCCGCCCACCAUGUCCAUGACCGUGGUCACCAAGGAGAAGAACAAGAAAGUGAUUUUCCUCAGUAAGAAGCCCAAGGAGAAAGAACUGGACUCAAAAAGCCAGGUGAUUGAUGGAAUCAGCAGGUUAAUCUGCACUGCCAAACACCAGCACACCAUGCUCCGAGUCUCCAUCGACGGAGUGGAAUGGAACGAUGUCAAGUUUUUCCAGCUGGCCGCUCAAUGGCCCACUCACGUCAAGCACUUCCCAGUCGGAAUAUUCGGAUACAUGAAGCCCGUGUGACGUCUGUUGCCGUGACGAGGAAAAAAAAACUUUUUAACACCGUUGUCUUUUAGAGAGAAGGAGAUGAAAAAAUAUGUUUUCCUGUGGAAAUUUAGAUUCUCAAGAGGUUGUUCUCAAUAUUUAAUUUUUUAUGUUUUUUUUUUAUUUUUUACACCGAACAACGCUAACAACUAACACUUUUUAUUUCAGAAUGGCUGCCAAUCUGGAAAGUAUUUCUGGGGAAAAAAAACAACUACGGCAGCUUAGUUUGCACUUUUCAUUUUGUAUUGUUUCUGUGAAAACGUGGAUUAUUGUUACUAAAGCAGCCUAAGGUGCAGUGUGUUUUUGGGGGGGGCGGGGGAUGUGUGAUUUUCUUUUGGUGCAAAAAACAAAGUGCUGCUGUGAAACUAGCUAAGGAGUCCACUUCUGAAAUUGUUCUUCUUUUUUUAAAGACUUACUGCCAUUUUUACUAAGAGAACUUUUAGCGAGCAAACUCGGCUUUCUUUUAUUUUUUAAAGCACACUGUGGAUUUGGAAGCAAAAAAUACAAACAUCUGUACUCAGCCACAAUAAUAUGCAGAGACUUUGAUGCCUGAAGAUUAAACCCCCCAGAUUCUAACGGGGAGAACCUGGUGGAGCUUUUAAAAAGGGGAUUGGGUGAGAUCCUGCUGUGGGUUGUAGUGUAGUGGGCAGUCAGUUUUUGGCCGUGAAAGCGGUUUUACAAUCUUGCCAGCCGUGCUGUAGGCGAAGCCCGUCAUCCUCAGGAAGGAGCUGAAUUGACAGUGGCACAGCUGGUGGCCAUCACUGGCCUCGGAGACGAAAAUCAACAUUGUACAGUCUAGGGGUUUUCACCAUCUCCUUUAGAUUUCAGUGCAUUUUCUUUCGUUGUUUUCUUUGUUUUGGGCCUGCAGCUAAACACCAAAUGUAAUAAUCAGUUUAGCUGUUUGCUAACUCAAACAUGUUUGUAGGUGUGUGUAGCUCAUUUCCUGGGAGCACUAUUGCUUGUUUUUAACCACACGGGCUGGCGGAACCCAGACUCAGAGCAAAGAGACCUCUCCCCGAUCGGAAGCCUCUUUCUGCUCUCCUUUGAUGGUUUUCUUUGCAUCCAAUUUGUGAGGUUUGAAUGGAUACUGUGAUGGCCAUUAUUUUUUGGAGUGGGAAUAAAGUAAUCCCUUGUUACACAAAACAGGACAGUACACCUGUACUCGAUCAAUGGAACGUGAGGCUGCAUUGCCGUAAACCUCUCAGCACUUUGUGAUGUCUGUCCCACAGGUUCACGGGUACAUUAAGAUUGAAUUUCUUACACUACACCCAUGGCAAACCACUCCAGUCAGCUACAUGUGCACUUUAUUAUUGUUGUGUACCGUGGGAUAACAAAUGACAUUUAUGUGCAUUGGGAGAGGGGCAUAUAAACAUCUUACAGCCCUGUAUUGGGAAACCUCAGACCCAAUACACAGGAGCAAGCAAACCCUUCUGUUUUUAAAAAAAACUGCCUCAGCUACAAUGACCCUGGAGCAAGGUGCCAUACUUUGUUUUGUUUUUUUCCUGUAAGAAACAAGACAGACUCCAUAUCUGUGUGGUCUUUGUGCAUUGUGCAGACUGCAUCAUAUGACCGUUUCUGCAUGCUGAAUGAAUCUGGUUUACUAUAUUAGAUGUAACACAUAAAUUGUUUCACAGCUGCCUGAUCAAUGACUAAUCCCUAAACCGGUUUCUGUCACACUGAUGUAAGAAAUACAUAUGGAAGAAGGGGCUAAGGCUGAUUCUUGAUAAAUGCAUUGAAUGUAUCUCAGUUACCACGUUGUAAGUGGUAGCAGACACAGGCCAAAGACCGGAAUCAGGAACUAGGUUUUGAAAUUAUUGAUCUUAAGCGUUUGCUCGUUGAAGAUACUAAACCGUUAGCUCUGAUGUAGCAGGAGCUAUUUCAGAUUGGAUUAAGAUGACAUGGUGUUUUGUUCAUCUUUAGUAAUACUGGCGCUAAGUACUAGAGUGUAAAAGGAGAUGCUACCAUUCUCAACCCAUACUGGAGAGAGUAAACUGCAAAUCAUUUGGCAAACCAACAGAUUUGUAAAACUAUCACAAACUGGGAUAUGAAAAAACUAGUCUGAACGUUCCUUUAGAAGAGGCUUUUUGUAAUAUCAGCACUGGAAACAGAGGCGUGCUUUUCUUUUCUUUUCUUCUCCGUGAACUGAGAUUCAGAGGGGUCUAUUCUCAGUGUGGCUCCAUAAUGAAUCUUGCAGUGCAGUUGUGCAGUUUAUCCAUGUCAGUGCAGAAACCAUGGAAACCAUGUGAUUCAGUGUUUAACAUCUUAAAACUGUUACAUGAGCUGCUCUCGUUUUUUCUUAUUGUUAAUAGGAAGGGUUCCAGGGGCAAUUAAAUUGUUGCCUUGCACAGUGUGUUGAGUACAGUGAAUCGGUGGAUUUGUAUCUCUACACUUUACAUUUUAAAAAUUUCCCUUUAAAUUUCCAUUUUUGCAUUACUGCAGAGACAAGAGUUAGAAGUGUUUGUGUGAAACAAAUGAGUUCCCAGCUUCAACCAAGGUUGCUUUAGUGAUAUUGAGCUGAGGUGUUGUCUUAGACAAAGCUGCUUUCAUGUUCUAGCAGGCUGUGAAUACAGGGAUGAAAGAGACCCACAAGAGAGAGAAGUGUCAAAGUGUCAAACAGUUCACUCCUGUGUGGUUUAUCAGUGACUGUCACGGGGGCUCAGUAUGAGAACUGGCAGUGACUGCACUCUGCAAAGCUCUGCGUUUUUCACCUCAGAACGUAGAUUUCAAAUAUUAAUGAAAAAGUAGGAUGUUCGUAGGCAGAAUUGUAGGCAGAAGGAGUUUUGGUUCGGUAGGGAGGAGUGGGGCAUGAAAGCAAUUACUUUAAUCAUUUCUGAUUUUUCCAGAUGCAAAGAUCUGAUGGUGUCAGGAGGUGUAAUUUCAAAUUUUAAAAGAAUGCACCUGCUUUAAUGAAAGACAAAGGUUUAGCACAACAGCCUGGCCUUAUGGUCAGUGUGUUAUAUAUGAUGGCACUGUUGCAGGUCCUGCUUGUGUGACGUUUUCUUAUUGAAAUUCAUCUUUCUCAGAUUAAAAGGGAGAAUAUACUUGACUGUGAGCACUAAUUUCCUCAUUUAAAUUGUAAGUUUGUCGCUUUUGCAAAACUUGGUCAUUACGCUUGUACAGUAUCUCUUUUGGAUGCAGGUUUGACUCUUGUACGCUAUUAGUAACAAAACUGUCACGUGAAGACCUUCUCAUUAACACUGAACAAAAAAGCACAUGGUUAAGCUUUUUUCCAAAGCUAAAAAAUAAAAGCUUAGUCUGUUCCUGGGGUGGUAAAACCUUAAGAAUUCAAGCUUAUUUUUUUUGUUUUAGGUGGCUUAUCACUGUCACUGACUUUGUUGAGGGAUUACAGCAGUAUUAGGUUUGUGUAUUUAUGUGGUGCUGUUUUAUAGCUUAGGGUUGUGAAGCCUUUUUCUACUAUACCCUUGUAGGAUACCCAUCACAAAAUUAACACUUUAGUGAUGAAAUAUGGGAUGUUUUUUUUCAAAACACUUUUGGAGCACUCUGACUUUUUUUUUUACACACUCUUUGAAUCACUCCAAGUAAUUUUUGGUUUCUUACAUGUUUUAUGGGUUAAUGUUCUAAAAUAAGUCUGUCACAAAUCUCAAAGCUUUAAGCAUUCUACACAAAAGUCAAACAACCUUACUUCUUAGUUGGCUACAGCAAAGCUCAAACUAUUGCUUUUUUAAUGCAUUAAAAAUGUGUGCAGCCUAGUUUACAAGUUAACCAAUUCAGGUCAGAUACGCCUUAUUCAUCUUAUAACCCAAGUUCCUUUUUAGAGGACUACUGUGCAAUUUUGUUUGAUUGAAAAUGAGAGGCCUGAUAGCUCUGAAGAAAGGUGGCAGUUUUUUUAUGAUGCUGGGAUUCUUUACAAUGGAUUGUUAAUUUUACUUCAGUUUAUGUCAUCUUUACGUUCACAGGUAUUUGGUUUUCGGACAUCCGAGUUUAAAACAAGUUUUGGAAUUGUUCUGACGUUCUCUGUUCCUCUCACAGAACAAUCUGUCUUACUCUGUCACAUUCACUGUUGACAAUUUAAUUCUUUGGCUUUAAAGCACUAACUCUGAGGAAUUGGAGGAGACAACCCUUUUGAUUAUAAAGGGCAAUUUUAAUGAAGCUGGAUUAUUGUAGUUAAUUCUAUUUAACUUUGGGCUUGUCUGCUCUUAAUCUAGAUAGCGGGCAUCUUUGCACAAACUUUGUUUUAAAUUAUGACAGUAUUUUUAAAUUUACCACUAAAUAAAACAUGGUUUAAUCUUUGCAUGU